UCCGUUGAAUUUAUCGGGCGACUGGAUGAUCGAUUAUAUCUGAACAAAUUAAUGGCUGAUCUUGAAAGUAAUAAUUUAUCCGGAAACAUGGAAGACGACCCAGCCGCGGAUUUUUUGGCCAGAGAACAAUCGGAACUCGCCGGUUUGGAAGACGAUAAUCCCACAGAUUCAUCUGUCCCCCAAGAUGAUGGUUUUGGUGCAUUUGGUGAUGAAGUACCAGUAGCUAGUCAGGAUGAUUUUGGAGGCAGUCUAGAUGAGUUUGAAGGGGGCUCCACUGAUGGACAGUUUGAAGUAAGUUCAUCAUUAGACCAAUCAGGUGGCUUAUUAGAUAUGGGUGAUGUUUCUAACCAAUCAAAUGGUUUGUUAGAUAUGGGUGAUGUUUCAAACCAAUCAAAUGGUUUGUUAGAUAUGGAUGGUGGGACUGGUUUGAGUGAUGGGGUUCUAGAUGAACCAGUAGCAGCACCAGUACAAUCUAACGGACCAUCGGAUUCGUAUUCGGCGAUAUCACAACAAGAUACAGUUCGGGUCGAACCAGAAAAAAUACGAUUAUGGCGAGAAGAACAGAAAGAUAGACUAGAGAAGAAAGAUAUUAAUGAAAUUAAGAAGAAAGAAGAAUGGCAGUCUAUUGCUAAGAAAGAAUUAGAAGAUUGGUAUAAACAUCAUGCCGAACAACUUUCUAAAACAAAGGAAAAUAACAUAGCUGCAGAGAAGGCGUUUAUAAAAGAACGAGAUGAAUCUGUACCAGGUCACGAGUGGGAGAAGAUUUGUCGGCUGUGUGAAUUCAACCCGAAACACUCCAAAUCUACUAAAGAUGUUACAAGAAUGAGAUCAAUUUUAUUACAGUUAAAACAGACGCCACUAGUUCGUUAAUCGUCAUGGAGAUCAAUUAUCACAUACAUGUAGAUAAUUUUAUAUGUUUGUUGUUUUAGAUUGGUGGAACAAGUCUUGUUUUCAGUUUGAAACAAUAUUGGCAUAUAGAAUCAAUUAGCCACUCAUUCUUCACCAAUACAUAGUUAUAACCUACUCUCUAGGCCUGUAUCAGAGUUAUCACCCCUAUUUAUAGCCCACUCUCUAGGCCUGUAUCAGAGUUAUCACCCCUAGUUAUAACCCACUCCCUAGGCCUGUAUUAGAGUUAUCCCCAACCAAGUAAGAAACAUGUCUAUUAUAACUAAUAUUUAUGUAUAAGUGGUAUAUAUGUAUUGUAAGUUGAUUGUUUUUAUCAUCAUGUAAUAUCAUAUUGUAGGAUGAUUAACUACAUGUUUGUCUACAGUCUAGCUAGAACUAUAAUCAUGAUGAGUUGUAAACAUUAGUUGGUUGUGUUCUCAGAAAAUCAUCAGUAAAAUCAGCAUCUUGAUUCUCUAUUAAUAUAUUUAUUGUAAAACUUUUAAUUUAAUUAUUGGUAAAACUUUUAGCUCCGGUUAUUUAUGUAUGAAUGAAAAGAAAAGUAAUGAAAGAAAUCAAAAACAUUUAAUUGGAUAAUGACCGAGUUAUUUUUACUCUGCACAGAUAUGGAUAUAUAAAUAAUUCUAUUUGAUUGUGUAGAAACAUUGUAUCAGAUAUGGAUAUAUUACUAUAAAUAACUCUAUGUAACAUAAAACAGACUGUAGAAAUAUUGUAUCAGAUAUAUAUAACAAACUGUCAUUCCAUAUAAAUAAACACUUGAAAAACCUGUA